GGUCGCCGGUGAUUUCCGACAGGAGUCGAGUGUCUCCGAGAGCAGCCGGAGCCCGACAUAUUCUGGUCUCCUUUCAAAUGUUAAGCCCCAUCCGCGAAGUGCGGCGCUUUGAGGGCUGGAGGGGGGGAGAGGUUGAAGGAGAGGCAGUCAGAAGGAGGGAGGAAGCAGGCGACGUUUGCGCAGCUUUUCACUCCUGAGGAGCAUCCUCAGCAUCUUGCGACUGCUCAGCAUAUUUAACCGGUCACCUAAAGAACAUACAUGUGAGCCUGGCGCGUGUCCUAAAUUAGUCUGGCGCGGGACGGGUUAAAUUCUGCAGGUUUUUUUUUUUUUUUUUUUGCUUUUGCUUGAUGCGCCUGUCUGGAUAUCCCGGCUUGGAUGAGACUGGUCCAAACUGAGCUGCAAAGGUUGAUGAGCGAGGAAAGGUGUGAAAUGAGUCGGUUUUGAACAGAGAACCAAAACAAAACAAUCUGGCAUGAUGACUCUUAAAGUGAUUGCUCUGAGCUUUGUCAUUGGAGUAGCUUUGUCCACAUCUGUGAAAGAUGAGGAGUCAAAGGUCUUAUUCCAUGGAGAGGAUUUUUACAUUCUGCUGCCAUCGCAGUUGCUGGAGGUCUCGUUUACAAACAGGUCUAAUCCUCGAGCUCCUGUCCUCCUUAUGAGGGGAGGAAAGCUGGUCAGCAGCAGACAGGACACACUCACCCUUAACCGCGACCAUCUGAUCAUCCAGAGUGUUGGUGAAGGGGAUGAGGGCCUGUACACCUUGAAGGAUCCAAACGGUGUCCACCGAAUCAGGCUCACGGUCCGAGAUUGCACCUAUGAACAGAUGAUCAACUAUGGGGGCGACUUCCCUAUAAAUCUGUGGGAGGCAAAGCCUACCAUCACUGUGGAGUUCCGACCCAAGGCAGUGGAGGCAAACCAGACAUCAAGUCCCGCUCUAGUUGUGCUAACUGCUGUCGGGCUUGCCACAUCAUCCUAUCAAGGUCGAAUCACAGUGGGGGAGCGUGCCAUCACCCUCAACGCUGUCACAGGUGCAGAUGAGGGCAGCUACACCAUAAUGGAUGGCAAUGGUGCCAUCAAGAAGAAAGUGUGUUUAAAUGUCAAAGCACACCAAGAGUUUGUGUCCCUGCCAUACGGCAAAAAACUGAAGAUCAACCUGAUUGUUAACAGCUCUUUGGUUCAGCUCUACUACCGCUCUGAUCAUGGAUCCCAUCUCCUCCUGGAUAAAGGAGAAUUUACUAAUGCUCCAGCAGAGCUGGGUUUUCAGGACCGUCUCUCCCUGGAGGGCUCCAUUGUUUUUCUCGAUCAGGUUAAGACUACAGACAAAGGUGUGUUCAUGAUUAAGGACAUGCAGGGGUUCGUUGUCUCCAACAUCCACCUGGAAGUGAAACCCUACAGGCUGGAGUCACUCUAUGUGGCUAUCAUUGCACUGUUGGGUUUGCUGGCUUUCCUUCUGCUUGUCUGCCUGCUGUCCUGCCUCAUCAAAGUGAAGAAGAGGGCCAAGAGGGCUGCUGCCUUGGAGAAACUGGCCCAGAAUGCUGGCAAAGAAGAUGAGGGAGAAGCAUUUAGACAGGUGGUGAAGAACAUCACAAAACUCAGCGAGGAAUCCAAACACUCCCAAGCUGAAAACACUGAAAAAUCUCAGAGCACUGAGGUGGACAUCAAAGGUCUGGAGGUUUCCUCCAAAGAGGUUGGUGUUGGUAAUCUAGAGACCAGUGACUCAGGCGUGGGCUUUAACACUGCUCUCCCGCUGGACACUGACACUGAUGCCGCUGAUCAAAUCCUUGAUUCUGAGGCUGUAAGCAUCUCCAUUGCUCCUGAACCCAAACCAAGUCAACCAUCUUCUGCCGAGUCCAAGCCAAGUGCUCCACCCACUGUGGAAAUUAAGCCCAGCCCACUUCCUGAAACCAAAGUCAGCCCACUCCCUGAAAUCAAGACAACCUCUGAAAAGCCUGAGGAGGUAAAGUUAGAUAUUAGCAAGAAAGCAGAUUUGAAACCCAGUCCAGAACCGAGCCCAGACCCCACAGCUGGUCUGAGUACAGCUGAUCCAAAACCUCUACCCAGCUCAAGCCCAAAGGCUAAACCAGCUACCCCUAAAGCCACCACUCCAGUACCGGAAACCACCCUGGCUCCCACACCUGAGGCCCCCAAACCGGCCACACCGGAACCCGUCAUCAAUGGUACACCAGAGCCAGGGCUGGACUCUAAACCGAGCCCAGACCAUUUGGGUACUGGGAGCACGAUUGCAAAACCUAAAACACCUGAAGUUGAGCUGAAAUCAAGUAGCGUUGUUCCAGAGGGGAGCAAGGAUGGUACAGUGGCCGAGAACUCUCCAUCCACCUGAGAAGUGCCCCCCCACCAAAAGACCGAAAGGAAAUCCCACAGAUCAAAACACCACUGCAGACAAUCAAACCCCCCUUCCCAAACCACAUCAGCUGGAGCCUGGAAACCCAUUGAACCUGAAAAUAACCCUGCAAACAGAACCACACUUCCACCACUACUUCCUGAUUUGAAACAUUCAUCAAAUAACAUAUGUGGUUGUUAAAAAUGCUUAUCAAAGCCGUGUUUUCCACUAUUUUCACAGUAAAACUGCCAAACUGCAACUGAAAUUCCUUGCAGAGUUUACUACUAAAACGCUAACUCGGUCAGAUGUUUUUUUUAUGUACGCAGAAACGUUUACAACAUUUCAUCAAGUCACUGAAGCUGCAUUCAUCAUCAUACAGGAUUGCAAAAAAAGGCAAACAAACACCAAGAUAAUGCCAUUAAGAACCAAUAAAGUUUUGUAGCUUAGACCUAAAACAUUCAUGAAGAAGAUUUUUGCAUGACUUCAACUACACACAAAAACUAAUAACACUAAGGUAAGAUUGGCAUUUAAAACUUAGAGGUAUCACCUAGGAUGACGUUUUGGAUAAUUCCAUCAAAUACGGUUCUAAACCGUUCUUUCUUCUACGUUUUUGUUUUUUUUACAGAAUAUGUUCUGUAAAAUUCUGUUAAAACUGACAGUUUUGAUAUUUGGCAAAAGCAUUAAUUUUUACAUAUUUCUUUAAUAUUUUUCUAGAUCUCAUCAUUCUUUCUAAAUUGACCAUCAAAAGGAUCAAAUCUUCAGUGGAACAGGGAUAUGCAUCUUCUUGUUUUUGUAUAAAUGAGAAUGCCCAUCUCUAUUCUAGGCUCUUCUGUCGUGGUGUGCAGUAAAAUUACAUGAGAAAUUGAGAAAAACAGGGGUAACAAAUGGACUUGACUAUUUAGACAUUUGGGAGGCUGAUUAGCAGAUUAUUGACUUUUAACUUGCCUUUGCUUGAAGUUGUCUGAGCAUAGAAGUGUUUUUUUGUCAGAAAAAUAAAAAUUAGGCUUUGUGUCAACAACUUUUAAAGCCAUAAGACAAUUUCCUAUGUCAAAUUUAAUACUGAACCUGAUUCAAAAAACUGACAUCCUAUUAAAAUGUUGACAUCAACGUGCCUCAACAAUUAUAUCAUCAGACGAGGCGAGGGAAUUCUAAGGAAAAAUGUGUUUGACGCUGAACAGACCUAAUUUGUGGUCUACAUCUGUGAGGGAACCACAAACCCAUCUGGUAAAAGAAACAUGGCUUUUCAUUUAUGGACUAAAAUAAAAGCCACCAACACACAACACACUUUUGUAAAUACUGCAUGUGUAUGCCAAUUUAACACCUUAAUGACAGAAUGUUGUUAGUGCAUAAAACAAUUCUUGUAUCAUACUGAAUAAAUGAAAGGAAAACUAAAUAAAUUUUCACACCAACCUUGAUUCUAAUAUGUAAAAUUCCAUCUAUAAAUUCUGUAUCUACUAUAUACUAUGUAUACUAAUAUUCACUGAGUUAAACUAAUAUAUAUAAGAAUUAUAAAAAAAAUCUAUAUAAAUAUUUGCUCUUAUAACAAUUUGAUGAAGUCCAGUAACUUUCCCAUUAGUUAAAUGGUGUCUUCAGAUAUUUAACCACUGUCACUUUAAGUGUAGACUGCAGCAUGCCCAAGACUUCUUCAGAACAACAGGCUUGUAUUUUUGAGAAGUGUUAUUGUGUGUUUGAUCUCAAGAGUGGUCUUUCGAUGUUGCCAUUUUCGUCUGUAAAGUCUGUGUGCCUACAGUAUGAUGUCCACGAGUGUGAGUGUGUCCCGAAUCUAUGCACAGAAUGAACCGUGCUCUCUAUGUCUGUGUCCUGCGUGAGGUUUCCAUGUGCCUGCUAUUAGUCGUGCGAUUUAAAAGAUGUAAUUAAAUCAUAGGUGUGAAUGUGCUUAAAACCACUCAAGAAAAGCAUCCAAUAUUGAUGUUUGAGUGAGUCUCGUCUUUGUUUUGGUGCCUAAAAUGCUUGUCUGAUAGCUGGCCUUUAUUCUGUCAUUAGCCACCUUCUAACAACACCUUCGUCUUAUCUAAUGGGAUGUUCACAGAUGUAGAAAGCAGUGUGCACAUCUGAUAAAAUCACCCCUCGACCAACUUUGAGAUGAUGAAGAGGCUGCAUGCGGAGCGGGCUUGUGAGACUUGUCAUUAUCUGAGUUUGUGGCACAUUCUGAAGUACGUGCGUGCAUUGAUGAGGACAAAGGUGAAUUUCAAAGCUCUGCAUUGUCGGUGUUUGAGGAAACUGCAUCUGCAAGCAUCACGACUCCGUCAGGGAUCGUAACACUGAAAUGGAAGCAAAGACCCAGGAGAUUCAAAGAGCAAGUGGUGGACAUGACCAGCAUCUUAAAGACCACUCAGUAGAGCAGGAGCUUUCACAUCUAUGAUGUCUGAGAGACUACGGUUUCAUACCUGCUUCCAAUUAUCCACUGUAAGAAACCACUAAUGUUAAAGUCUCUGGAAGUCCUUGCACCACGUGAACCGUCUCCUCUGUCGCUGUUAUGGCCUGAUUAUAGAGUGACAUCCUACUUAGUCUCUUUCUGUACUCCUUUUUGCACAGCACAGACGUUUUGUAAAACAGGGGUUUAUUUGAUGUCUAAAGAAAAACAUGAAUAAAUAAAAGAUAAUGACAUGUUG